AUGAGGUUUGGAAAACUGCCGUCCUUUCUGUCCAACUGGACGCCCUGUGCGUUCUCAAUUCACGUCAUUCGCAAUGCGUGCGACGAACAAUUCAUGAUGGCGGAAAAAGCCCGCAUUUCCGACGAUCAUGUCGCUUGUGCCAAACUCAUGGCUACCUCCGACCCGAGAGAACACAAGUCCUUUGGUCGCAAGGUGCGAGGUUUUGACCACGCAUUCUGGGAGCUCAGAUGCGAGGAUGUUGUCUUUUUGCCUUUGUGUGCAAAAUUCGCCCAAAAUGCUGACGCUCACGAACUUUUCUUGGCUACGGGAGACAGGCAGAUUCCGGAGGCUAGUCCUUUGGACGGAUUGUGGGAAAUUGGUGUUGGUACCUUCGAUCCGCAUGUGACGUUGCCCUCCAAAUGGCCCGGUCAGAACUUCUUGGGCAAAACACUCGUUGCGAAGCGCACGCUUAUGCGUGUGCGCCUGGUCGAACCCGACAAGCCCUUACGCCCUGCGCAUUUGGGGUUACCUGCCCCCGCGUGUCCCACUAUCCAGGAAAUUGCGCCCCCCGGUGAUGAUUUUCCAGCGGAUGAUUCUUCCUCCGAGGAUGCACGUAGCCCGUUGGAUGUGCCGACGAACGUGCCCGCGGGUCGCUUGAAGCAGGUGCUGCACAUUUCCUCUGCCGCUAUUUGGGAAGCCGCCGCUUCCCCGCCGCAUUUGGGGAAGCCGUUGUUGGAGGAACACGGCCCCGAUUUGGAGCAUCGCUUUGCGGCGAUCGAGAGCAGGGUCAAGAUGGCUGCCGCCAGGCGCGAAGAAGAAGCCCGCCAAGCAGCGGAGAAAGCAGCGGAGGAAGCCAGGAUCGUAGAACUGGUCAACGAGAGAGUAGCAGCUCGGAUGGAGCAGAUGAUGAAGGAGAAACUGGCCAAGAAGAUGGCCGAGAUGGAGGUACGGCAACGAGCCGAGCAGCUGAGCACAGAAGAUUAG